AACACAAAAUAUCUCUAUACAGUCAAACCCGUAUAAACUUUCGCAUCCUUUUAUUUUCUAAAGGAAGUGCAAAUACUUCAACAAUGAUCGAGGAACCACCAUCACAAGGACCUAUCGAUGAAGUCGCCGUCGCCGAGUAUCUCUUCAAACGCCUCGGACAAAUAGGGGUCCGCUCAAUCCACGGUAUACCGGGAGACUACAAUCUUGUCGCCAUAGACUACAUUUUGAAGUCUGGGCUAAGUUGGGUGGGUAACUGUAACGAACUAAAUGCUGGCUAUGCAGCCGAUGGUUACGCACGAGUUAACGGAGUCGGCGCUCUCGUCACUACCUUUGGCGUGGGGGAACUUUCGGCUCUCAAUGCAAUUGCUGGCUCCUAUAGCGAGUAUGUCCCUGUCGUACACAUCGUUGGAUAUCCUUCUAGAGCUGCCCAGAAGGAUCGACUACUCCUACACCACACUCUUGGUGAUGGAGAUUACGAGGUUUUCUCUGAGAUGUUCAAGCCAAUAUCUUGCGCUGUCUCGAGGCUGAACGAUCCUGAAGAGGCGGCUGCUUUGAUUGACAACGCGAUCCGAGAGUGCAUCUGUCAAUCUCGGCCAGUCUACAUUGGGCUUCCAUCUGAUAUGGUGACGAAGAAGAUAAACGCAAAUCAGUUGAAAGUCUCUCCUGACCUAUCUUACCCACCCAAUGACCCCGAAAAAGAGGAAUACGUUGUAGAUGCUGUGCUUGAAUGCCUUCGUAAAGCCCGGAGCCCUGCGAUCCUGGUGGACGCAUGCGCGAUCCGGCAUCGCGCGGUUCAAGAAACCCACGAAUUCAUCUCUGAAUCGGGCAUACCUGCCUUUGUGUCCCCCAUGGGUAAGGGAGCAAUCGAUGAGACCUUACCCAACUAUGGAGGGGUCUAUGCUGGGAGCGGAAGCAAUAAGGGCGUGCAGGAAUGCUUUGAGUCAGCUGAUCUGGUAAUAAGUAUUGGAGCGAUCCAAUCCGAUCUCAACACUGCAGGUUUCACCUACCGUCUCCCAGCCUUAAAAUGCAUUGAGUUUCACAGUUAUGGUGUCAAAAUCCGACACUCGGAGCAUCCCGGUGUGCGCAUGAACGGUGUGCUUGCAAAGCUCACUCGUAAGUUAAGCAGCUUGAAUCGUGCCUCCGACUUUGAGAAAACGGCAGUUCAAUUGAACGAGCUACAAACGACAUCUCAAUUGGACCAUCCACAAACAGCAUCUCGAUCGCCCAUCUCACAAGCCUGGUUUUGGUCGCGGCUGGGUCAGUGGCUGAAGCCAAACGACAUUGUCAUCACGGAGAGUGGAACCUCCAGCUUUGGAAUCUGGGAGACAAGAUUUCCUAAAGGCGUCACGGCUAUUUCCCAAGUACUUUGGGGCAGCAUCGGCUAUGCAACUGGUGCAUGCCAAGGCGCUACCCUUGCUGCACAAGAACUGGGUAUCAGGCGCACGAUUCUUUUCACGGGCGAUGGCUCCCUGCAGCUCGCGGUUCAAGAGCUCAGCACAAUGAUCCGAAACAAGCUCAAUCCCAUCAUUUUCGUCCUCUGCAACGAUGGAUACACAACUGAACGUCUUGUUCAUGGCAUGGAAGCGACGUACAACGAUGUCCAAGAGUGGCGAUACAAGGAUCUACCGUUGACUUUUGGUGGCAGACAAGAUGAGGUUCUGACGUAUCGGGUAGAGACCGAGGAUGACGUCGAGGAGCUUUUCCAAGACGAAGAGUUCGGCGACGUCGACACCAAAAAGUUGAGGUUUGUCGAGCUGGUCAUGCUUUGGGAUGAUGCCCCUAAGGUUUUGAAGAAAAUUGUUAAGUCUGUAGAGAGAAGAAAUGCCUGA